AUGUUGGUCCAAGACCGCUCUACCCCAAAACCCUCCAAACCCGAGCAACCCUUUCUCACAGCAAGUCACUUCCCUCAGUCCAAAAUCUUCACUUUCCCCAAAUGGGUCUCCUUUAAUCUGUUCAAGAUCACAACCAUUUCAUUCCUAACCCUCACCAUUGCUGCCCUCUUCUUCCUCUACCAUGCCAAUGACUCUCCCUCCACCUUCCUCUGUUUCAACAAAUCCCACCUCAAGAUCCCCAAACCCAUUGAAUUCCCCAAACUUAGCUUCAAGUCAAUCAAACCCAUUUCAGAUAAGUCCUCCAAUUACGCUUCUUUCGGAUCAGAUAGAUGGGUUGUGGUCUCUGUUUCGGAUUAUCCUUCUGAUUCACUUCGAAAACUGGUCAAACUCAAGGGCUGGCAAGUCCUUGCAAUUGGGAAUUCAAGGACCCCAGUGGAUUGGAGUCUCAAGGGAGUGAUAUAUUUGUCAAUGGAUGACCAGGCCAAAUUGGAUUUUCGAGUUUUGGACUACCUUCCUUAUGAUUCUUAUGUAAGGAAGACUGUUGGGUACCUUUUCGCUAUCCAACACGGUGCGAAAAUGAUAUAUGACGCUGAUGAUCGUGGCGAUGUGAUUGAUGGUGAUCUUGGUGAGCACUUUGAUCUGAAAUUGUCAAAUGUGGAUGUAAUGCAGGAGAAACUUUUGCAGUAUAGUAAUGAAAAUCCGAAUAGAACAGUUGUGAAUCCAUACAUUCAUUUCGGGCAACGGUCAAUUUGGCCUAGGGGAUUGCCUUUAGAAAAUGUAGGUGAAGUUGGGCAUGAGGAUUUCUAUAGUGAAGUAUUUGGAGGAUUGCAGUACAUUCAACAAGGUAUAUCUAAUGGCUUACCAGAUGUUGAUUCAGUUUUCUACUUCACAAGGAGGUCAGGUUUGGAAGCAUUUGACAUAAGGUUUGAUGAGCAUGCUCCAAAAGUUGCUUUACCACAAGGUAUGAUGGUGCCACUGAAUUCUUUUAAUACAUUGUUUCAUUCUAAUGCAUUUUGGUCUUUGAUGCUUCCUGUUUCGGUUAGUAGAAUGGCUUCUGAUGUAUUGAGGGGUUAUUGGGCACAAAGACUUUUGUGGGAGAUUGGUGGUUAUGUUGUUGUUUAUCCUUCAACUAUUUAUAGAUAUGAUAACAUUGAGUCAUACCCAUUUACGGAAGAGAAGGAUCUUCACAUAAAUGUGGGUCGAUUAAUUAAGUUCUUGGUUACUUGGAGAUCUACUAAGAUUAAUUUAUUUGAGAAAAUUUUGGAAUUGAGUUAUUUGAUGGCGAAAGAAGGGUUUUGGACUGAGAAGGAGGUGAAGUUCACUGCAGCUUGGCUUCAAGACCUGGUUGCUGUCGGGUAUAUUCAGCCAAAGCAGAAGGCCAUAAAGUUGGAUCAGCCGAGAACAGCCAUUGGUCUUGCAGACCGGAAGGAAUUUAUUCCCCAAAAACUACCAUCUGUGCAUCUUGGGGUUAAGGAAUCAGAGACAGUAAAUUAUGAGAUAGGGAAUUUGAUUCGCUGGAGGAAGUUUUUUGGCAAUGUUGUUUUGAUCAUGUUUGUCGGUGGGCCAGUGGAGCGGACUGUGUUGGAGUGGAGAUUGCUUUAUGGCAGGGUAUUUAAAAGUGUGGUGCUUUUGUCGGACGGUGCUAAAACAGAUUUAGCUGUGGAGCAAGCUACUCUGGACCAAGUAUAUAAGUAUCUCCCCAAAAUAUUUGAUAGGUUUACCAGUGCGGAAGGGUUCUUGUUCCUGCAGGACAAUACCAUUCUCAACUACUGGAAUUUACUGCAAGCAGACAAGACUAAGCUGUGGAUCACUGACAAGGUUCCUCAGUCUUGGACUACAGCCUCUAUCUAUGGUAAAGACUCCGAAUGGUUUUCAAAACAAGCAGACAUGGUAAAGAAAGUUGUCAGCACUAUGCCAGUUCAUUUACAGGUCAGUUACAAGGAGAGUAGCACAAGGGAGCAGGGUCUCAGUAUAUGCAGCUCUGAGGUAGCAGUUCCCCUGUUUUUCAUGGCAAUGGAUUUACCUCAUAAAUAUGACUCUGUGCUCAAUACAAUGAUUUAUAAGCCAGAGACAUCAUCCAGCAACUCUUCAAACAUUUAUUCUGCUAAAGCCCCAGCCGUACACCCAUGGACCGUUUCCAGUGAGUCAGAUUUCAUCGAACUUAUAAGAUUCAUGGCAACAGGUGACCCUCUACUAAUGGAGCUAUUUUGA